AAUAGUAACUUUCAAUAGCCACAUUAGUUGGUACUCGUGCAAUACGUGCUAUUAUGCGUACGCAGCUGUUAAAUAUUAAUUUAUUUGUAAAAAUCUACAAAUUUUUGUCAUGACAAACGAAGAUAUCGUAUGGGAAGAGUUAUCAAAGAUAUCUGCAGAUCCUCCUGAAGCAAGAGACAAAUGUAUACAAUGCAAAAGACCGGUAGCAGUAUGUUGGUGUCCUGGACUUCCAAAACAACGAUUACGUCCUGAAUCUAGGAUUAUCAUUUUACAGCAUCCAGCAGAAGUGAAACGUUGUUUACGUACAGCUCCAAUGCUAGCACUUGGUUUAGAAGAUGGAAAGUGUAUGACUUUUAGAGGGAAAAAGUUUCCGUUGCCUAAACACGAAGGUUUAGCAGAAAUUUUAAAUGACAAAGAUACAAUUUUAUUGUAUCCAUCACCCGGUGCUAUGGCUCUGAAUAAAUUGGAUCCAGUAGGUACAAAUGGACAAAGGCCAUAUAAUUUAGUAUUAUUGGAUGGUACUUGGCCACAGGCAAAGGCCAUAUAUCAUGCAAGUCCAGCAUUAUAUUUACUUCGAGCCUAUAAACUAGUAGGAGUACCAGCAAGCGAGUAUGUCAUUCGAACACAACCAACCGAAGGGUGCUUAUCCACUCUUGAAACAGGUGCAUUGGCACUUUCAAUUUUAGAAGGAAAUCACCAGUUAAGAAAUAUUAUGCUUGGGCCUUUACAUUACCUCUGCAGAUUUCAACUUGAAAAUGGGGCAGUAACACAUCAGAGUAAAGAGUUUUUAAUCAAGCAGAAGACUUACCCUAAACUUAUAGGCAGACGAUUAGCUAAACAAUUGCGAAUGUUACCGGAGGAAUCCUAGCAGAGUAAUGCAUAAAAUAAAUUAUUAAAAUAAGUUUUUACAACGAAUGAGUAUAAAAAUAGUAUAAAGUAACAUUUAUUUUUUUUAUUUAAUAUUUUCAGUUAAGAUAAUCACCAUUAAUGUUAAUCAUUCUUAUUUUCUUUUCUUGUAUUUAUCUUAAAUUGAAACUCCACAGUUCCAUGUUGUGGUACGAAAACAAAGGACCACGACAAUAUGUCUGUACAUGAAACAUUCUUAAUGUUUCGAAAGAUAUGUACACCUUGCCUAGUAAAUCUGUCCCAUGAUAUUCUUUUACCAGGUACUAUUUCUUGAGUGGGGCCACAAGAUACAUUUAUCUCAGAAUCUAAUUGCCAAUCCACCCAUAAUGCAACUCCAUUGCAUAAGCCACUCCUAAACAUAAACAAAAAAUUAUUUAGAAAAAAUUCAUCAAAAAUAAUAUCUUAAAUAUACAUAUAUUAACAAAAGUCUUACUGCAAAAUAGGAACGUCAUCCGAUAUUUGAAUACGUUUUUGAUCAUGAACAUUUGUAGAUAGGUCAAAUGUUUUAACAGUGAAAGGCAAUGUCAAAGCUCGAGCUGGAUAUUCCCAAAGAGGUUGUGCAUCUACAGGACUAUCACUUUUGUCACUGGAUUCCUAUGAAAUUUUAUAAAAAUUAAUAAGACAUUUUGAACUUUUACAACAGAGUGCCUUACCUGAACAAGCUUAUCAAAACUAGAUAAAUCAAAACCUUCACACACACCAAGAGGUGCUCGAAUUUUAUGUAGAUCUUUAAAUUCAACAACAACAGCUUUUAUUGUAGCUGCUAUAGGUAAUUUUUGAACUUGUGAUGAAUAUUGUGAAGCAAGAUACCAAAAACGAAGAUUUUCCCAUGGUACAAUAGAACUGAUGAAAUAUGGCUCACCAAAAAUUAAAUCUAUCAUACUAGCUGGUGGCAACUUAUCCGUACUUAUAAUUUCUACUUUGUCUUCAAGGUUAUUUGUCUUUAUAAACAUUUCAAUAGUUUUUUGAGACAAAAAAUUUGUUUCUAAUAGAUACACUUUUUUUGCACCUAGCUGUGCAGCAGCUAAGCCUAAGAAACAUCCAUCUGAGAAACAGAGACAAGUAGUAUUUGGUUUAACCUUCUUAGACAAUGCUUCUAUAUAUUUGUUAUUCCGUUCUUUGUCAUUUAAUUGACCUAUACGUGUUCUGGAGUAAGCAAUGUGUGUACAGCAACUACAUAUUGGUCUAUCAUAAUUCGGUAUAUCUAUUCUAAAAAUUAAACAGAGUUAAAACGUUAGAAAUAUAAUAAGAAGUAAAAUAAUGGAUAAUAUGGAAAGUAUGUGUAACAAGAUGGAAAAAAAAUUGCAAUAAAAAAAAAUAAACCUUA